AAAGACAAACAAAAUAGAAUACGGGUAUUGUGUGUCAGUAUUGCUGACAUAAGGACUUACUACUUCCAAACCUGUUCCACAGCAUGCUUUUUCCUAUUGAAGCUUUGUCAAGAGUGCUGGAGAGUCGACCAUAAGAGUUAAUCAAAUCGAUAUAUUCAAGUACAGUACACUGUUGUUCUCUCUUAUGUAUCAGUGAACUAUUGGCAUCCUGCAGUCACACUGUUGGAAAGUUUUAAGAGCUUUUCUAGCAGAUAGUUCAUGGUUUCUCUGUUCUUGUAUUUAAGAAUUUUGGAGAUGGUAUUUGAGGAAAAGAAUGGCAGCUUACUAAAUGUAAUUCACUUCUGCCUCUGAAAUAUAGUGUCGAAACACUUCCUUUCCUUGAGGUGCUUAGUGGAUAUACUGGUAGACAGAUGUUUGCCUAUAUUAUGUUGCUUAUAAGACUGUAAGCAAUGAUAUUGAAGAAUAUUGGCAUUCAUUAUAUGCUGUUCUUUUUAGAAGAAUAUGAUGCUCAGAUGUCUGUCUGUAUGUUUGUUUAAAACAAACAAACAACAGACCUUCCCCCACAACAAGAGCAAACAGCUCUUCCACCUCCACGAACCCACAACUUGCUUUGUUUAAAAACAUGGAAAUAUGAAAUGUGACUGUAAACAACUUUUAUUUUACUUUGAAGUCUCAUGUCAUUUCCCACACUAAUUAAGAAGAUCUUUAAAGAAACAAUAAAAUUAUUUUGAAAUUUCCACAGAGCUGAAAUUUCAGCUUUGUUUCGCAGUCUAUUACUGUCCUCAAAUACUUGUUGUCAAUACCUUUGUGUUAACUUUCUGUAGUUAUUUUUUCCUAUCCCCCGCAUCCAAAGUACCACAGGGAAACUUUUCACAGUUCUUUCUUUUGUUCUUGGUGCUUGAGGCAACCUGACAGUGGGAUUUGUGAGAGCCAAGUUAGAAAGAUCUGUCCCGUUAGCACAUUCUCCAGAAGUGAUAAUGGUAACCAGUUUCUGUGACCUGGAAAGGUAUGUGAAGAUGCCAUAUCUUACUUUCUGUUUUCCUUCCAAUUUUAAACGUACGUAUUGGGAUACAAGAUUUGAAUGGUUUCCAUUUUGAAUUAAGUCUGAUUAGGAAUUGAUUCACUUGCUACUACACUGAGAAAUGUAUUCAUUGAGAUUAUUAUCUGAACAGCAUGGCUGUUUGGGGAUGAUACGCUGUUCGUAAAGACAAGAGUGUGAAAUCUGGCCCAACACCAGUGUCUGUUAGUAAAUAUGUUAUCAGUUACAUUUCGUGCUGAUGAAAUUGCUGUAACUGUUAAUAGACAUUUAAAGUUGAUUCUUUGCUUCAGGCAAAUAUGCAUUCUGGAAAUGUAGAUUUGUGAUUUAUUUUCUAUUAUUGAGAAAUUUCAGGGACUUGUUAAGCUAUUAUUUUUGGAAAGAAGAGUAGCCAAGGUUGCACACAUUUAAAUGCAGUUAUUUUAUCUGAUUUGCUUCUAAUUUGUCUAAUAAAAAUUAUGUUUUUGCCUUUGCCCUGUGUAUGGUUAUAUAAAUGUGUUUGCUUUAAAUUCUUUGGAAAUUAAGUCUAUGUUUGCAUUGACUCUUCUUGUUUCUUUCAUAUUCCUUUGUCCUAAUCUGUGUGCUUGACAAUAGUUUAUUUCUGUCAGAUAAUAGUCUGAGUUUAAGUAUACUUCUUUUUGUAUGGGCUUAUCUUCCAGUAAGUUUGAUCAAUUACGUCAUUGAUGAUGAUAGAAAAUAUUCUUUACUAAGGACAAAGGGGAGUAAUGUGAUUUCCAGCUUCAGUUGAAGUGCAUAGUUUGAUUAUUCAGAUAAUUUAAUGGGCAUAGACACUUCUCCCUAAUGUUGCUGUAAUAUUCAAGUUGUCUUACAUUUACCUUCAUCUGUCAUGAUGUCUGAGGGGAAAAAUGAGUUUACUAAGUUUUAUACUGACUAAGUUGCACAAGUGCCAUCAUUGUGGAGUUUCAAUGUUUACAUCCACACGCUGCAUAAAAAUCGUGAAGCAUUUCUGUAUUUUUAAAUUUUUGGUAUGCGUUUUGUAUGUCUAGCUGUCCCCUUCAUUGAGGCUCCCUAUUUUCUUCUGCAUUUUUGUACAAAAGGCUUAGAUUAGAAUGACUAGACCAAAUUAUGCUAAUUUCAUUUAAAGUGAAUGCAAAUAGCAUUUGCAAAGACUACAGUUAUUUGCUUGGCCCUAAAACAUUUGAAACCAGUUGUCAAAAAAAAAUUCCUGAUUUUCAAAUGAAGUUUGUUGAAGCCAGAUGCAAUUAUGUAUAUCUGCAAUGGUGUAAUUUAUUGUUUUAUGCUGGGAUAAAUCAGCAUAAAGAUCUUUGGACAAAACCAAGGUAUUACAAGUCUCUCUGAAGCAGAGCUGAAGUAAAGGGUUUGUUCCACAAGUGUAUGCUGCAUACUUUGAAAGAAAGGGAAUGUGUUCUGGGGGAGAGGAGGGUCUCUGGAAUCUUCUACCAACUAAAUUUGCUUGGAGAACAUUAGAAGUAGAGGUGUUCUUGACUCCUCAUGUUUGCUUUUCAGAUGGUAGACAUGAGGCCAAUUUUGAGAAAUUUAGAGGUUUGGGAUGUGAUGUGGUAUACUUCAUUAAAUGUUUUCCACGUCAGGUGAAUUGCAUUGGUAGCUCUCAUAGCCCCUGCGUUAUCCUCACAGGGAAGGCAGAAUGUUCCUUGUUUCUUUCUCUGUCCCUUUCCUCACAGUGUAUUUUGAGUCAGAAAAAGUGUGUAGAUAAGCAUGUUUUAAGUGUCCUUCACCUUUUGCACAUAAAUCCCAUGUCUUAAGAGAUGUGUAUCAUUUCCUCAAUUUAUUUAUAAAAUUAUGUGAGGUUUUUUUUUUUUUGGCCUAUAAACAGAACAUCUAACUCUUUUGACAAUAGCAGUAAUAUUUGUUGAUGAGAUGGCCCACGUUGACUUUUCAUCUGACUUCUAAGUGAUAGACCACAUUGAUCCCUGUGUGACUGAAAGAAGAUUUAGUUUCUGCCCUACAGCAAUGCACCGUUGAGAUUCCAGUCUUUUCUAGAGCAGUGUCAGAAGUGUUAGAUGUCCUCUGUGGCUGGGCUGCGUUGCAGAUUGAUUAAUACUUGAGCUGGCUGGGAAAGAGGAGCCUAGAAAAUCUCAGUGUGGUACUGGUAGCUUAGGAAAGAUGGUGAACUGAAAGGCUCCUCUGCAUUGUGUUCCCUUGGUCUCCUGGUACACAGACAAGUGCAUCUUUACCAGGUCAGGAAACUGGAUCUGAUGAUUAAAGAAAAUAAUUGUCGGAGCCACGCUCUUCCCUCAGCUGCUCAAGGUGAAUGGGUGUGUAGCUGCUUGUCUAUAACAUUUCAGGAGCUCUUCCAAGGUGAUCAGCUUUAGUGAGAAUUAAACAGUCAAGUUUUAUAGAUGUUAAAAAUGUUAAUAGUUUUGACUACGGUACUCCUGAGAGUGCUUUCAGGGCUAGGUGUGAGAUGUCAGUGUGAGGUAUAGAGAUAAGAGGAAUCCUGUAUAAUAGGGAUGAAUCCUGUAUUUGUUAUUAAAGAAAACAUUUCUAUUUUGAAGUUGGAAGCGAGAAAAAAUUUUUAAUCUCUAUUAAAUAUCCUCCCUUCUCAAUAAACCUUUUGAGUAUGUGUUGGAAUCCAAAGCAUGUUCUUAACUACUUUGCUGAAUUGGGGCCUUCAUUACCAAAUUGCAGGUGUAUGUUAGUUUAAGUAUUUAAGAAAGAAACCCUAAAACAAUGCUUAUUUUGUUCUGAUCAGUGUGGUUUGUUACGUUAAUGGAAAACAUCACAAAUGCUGUGCUGUUGCUAUGCUGUCCAAAACAGGUUUAAUAUAGUUAAUAGCUUGCGUGCUCAGGUAUGAGAUUGUGUCCAGUGUAGAAUUAACAUAGCAAUGAUGAAAUGAAAAUAUAAAUAAAUACGAAAUCUGUUUGUUUGUCUGUUUUUUUGUGGGGGUUUUUUUGGUGCAUAAUAUUACUAUAGAAUGAGGGUUUAAAACAUUUUCCCAUUUAAAAGUAUGCUUCAAAGAUAUUUUGUAAAUUCUGAUGUGGAUGUUAGAGUGUUUAUGUAUGCAAUAGCAAGGACUCUGUAAACAUUUCCGUAAUAAACUUGCAUAUAUACUAGAACUUAAUAUCUUGCUCAUAAAAAUGUGCUUUGGGCAUAAAAGUGGCGUACCAGUCUGCCAGAAAGCUCGUGCUUUUAAAAAUGAACAAAAUCAAAGACUUUCUGUGUGUUACAGAAAUGUUCAAAUGCAAAAAAUAACAUCUGAAAUCUCAGAAUUUACCUAAUAGGCUUUUUCUCGUAUAGUUCAUUUAAACAUCGAGAAAAACAUUUUAGUUGUGUUGGCCAGCUGUUGAUAGAAGGCAACAUUUUGUAAUGUGCACCUAACUGAAUUACAUCUGUUUGAGAUUAAUUCCUCUUUGUCUUACACUGCAGCUCUAAGAGCUGAAAUGGUUUCUUACAGUCGGUGUAUAUUUAAAAUCAUUGAGAAUGAUGAUGUCAAUAAAGUACCAAUUUUUUUCCAGUUCUGAGAUAGAUCAUUAGAAAGACGCUGAAGAGAAAGUGUCUUGUACAUAAGCAGUUCCUGAUAAGCAUGCACAUAUAUAUAUAUAUAUAUAUGUAUUCAUUAGAGAACAUAUUGAUCAAAUGUUUAUGGAGACUUGCUGGUGUAGACUUGUUCAGUGCUGAGCUAAUGUUUCCAAUAUUCCUGAAGUCUGAACUAAUUAUGUAUUUUUUCCUCUUUCUCCAGUUUAGAUCUAUUGCUGCUUGAACUGUUCUUACAUUCAAUGCAGAUGAAGCUGAGUUUCCUAUUUUCAGCUGCGUCUCACAGAACUGAGAACUCCUCUGAGUUUAAUUUCUUUCUCCUAAGUUUAAGACAAAUGGCUUUUAGUGUUUCUUCAUUAACUGUGUUAUUUCAGUUAUUUCCUAUUGGAAAGUCUCCAGUUAGUCUAUGCAUUUCCUAGAGAGUGAUGUCUGGAGGUGGGCACAUUGCUCUUAGGCCUUUGAGGAGAGCAGGAAGAUUACGCUUUUGUAUAUUCUGAAGUGUUUUAUUUGUUGAUGUAAAUAUUUAGGCUAUGGCUACUGUAUUGUCGUAGCUAUGCAGCAUAUAGUACAUAUCCAUACUGUAUAUGUAUACUGUAUGCAUUGUUAGAGGAAAAUUAAAACACAAUUUACUAAUUCUUUGGUUCUUUUGAUGGCCAACUUUGAAGGAAGAAAAUAUCCCAAUAAACAGAAGAAAAGAAAGUUCAGAAAGGAAAUGAAAAUUGCUUUUUAGCACACCUGUUAGAUACAACAUUUUCUUUUUUGGUAUAUGGUUUUGGCAUAUAGACCUGUUAAAUAUUCUAAGAUAAGAUACCUGUGAAAGGUCUGUAAUCUAUUAAUGAUGAAAUAACUAUUUGUCUGUAAAGCCUCACUAUGCUUCACUCGUGUUUUACUGAAAAACAGUGUGGCCAAGAGCUAUUGAUCUGCUCAUUCUUCAGCGUCAUGAAAUUUUUUAAAACAAAGAUGCAUUUUACCUUUCUGAUACUAUAUUCCAUCUAGAAUUUGAAAAAUAAGCGGAAUAACUGUCUGUAUUUGUACAGGCUAGAUGAAUGCAUCUUUUCCCCCUUUCUGCCCUCCCCACCCCCCACAUGAUUUUUCUGUUGCAGAAUAACUUCAGUGUUGCAUGUGGGAUUUGUGUUACAAUGCAGAGGCACGCACGUAGAUGUACUUUCCACGCAAAAAGUAAAUCAGCACUGUAUAAAACAUGUUUGUGUAAGUGGCCCUAAAGGCUUGCUUUAUUACUUUGGUGCUACCCGUGUUGUUUCAGUAGUCCAAAACAGCUUUGGCACACUGAAGUCCUUUGUUAGCCACCACAAAUAUGUGUCUGUUAAACACUGUAGGAAUUGUACACUAGGGGGCUUUUUUCCUUUUCUUCACCAGCAUAAAAUUAGCUAUAGCUGCAUUGUGCUAAAUGAGACCACCAGGUCUUUAUUUGUCUUUGUGAGACAUUCUCUUAUUUAAAAUAUUGGACUGUGAUUAGAAACGGGAGAGAAAAGCAAUGAGAAAGGUGCGUUCUGGCUUCCUCUGUCUGACAUGAAAUCUUUAUUGUUGUUUAGCAAUACUGCGAUUGUCAGAGGAGCUGAGAGGUACUUGUUUCUCUUCACUAGAUGCCUUCUGACUGAAGCAAAUGUCACAGCUCUAGAUUCAGUAAAUGUUUGCUUGCAUGUUUAAAUUCAAGAUUCAGUAGAGGAAGUUCAAUUUGGUAUUUUUUAUUACAUAUAUAUUUUAUAAAUAUAUAUUUAUUUACGUAAAUAUAUAUUUAUUUACACAGAUAACACAUUUUAUCUAACAUGUAUAACGUAUAUUAACAUAAUGAGCAGGUAACCAGUACAUUUUGGUUACGAUCUGGGGCAAAAAUACAUAUAUUUAGUAAGAAUUUUUGAUGGUUAGUUCAUUAUAGCUUCAAAUCAAAUCAGUUUCAUGUAAUACUGAAUGUGCUGGUGAUAUUUUACAGAAGCAUCAGGUAUAAAUAUUUUGUAUUGAAGAGGCAGGAUUUUAGUAGGAAUAAAUAUAAAUAUUUUUCAUUCAGGGUUUGGCUCUGAGUGAGUACGUAAGCAUGAGGUGAGAUAUUCCACAAUUUUCUUUGUCCUUGCUGCAUAUAAGCUGAAAUCUCUCAAUAAUAUUUCUCAGAGUAAAGUCUGUGAAAGAUAGUCCCAUAAAGAUAAGGCUAAAAUAGAAUGGAAAUACAUUGAAAUAGUGUGAGCAAUAUUUGGGUAUGCAUCUCAUCUGUUGUGCUAAUAGGACUUUGUUUCCAGGUAAGCUAGAGUGGAAUGAAUCUGAAGAAAAUAAAAUGAAGGUCAGAGAUGGCUUCAGGAGAAAAAGCUUCCAUCCCUCUCAUUAUAUGAGAGAGCGAUCCCCUCAUAAGAGAGACUCUCCUUUCUUCAGGGAAUCACCAGUGAGCCGGAGGGAUUCUCCGCACAGCAGAUCUGGCUCCAGUGUGAGCAGCAGAAGCUACUCUCCUGAAAGAAGCAAAGCCUAUCCUUUCCACCAGUCCCAGCAUAGCAGAAGUAUGUCAUCUUUACAUAAAAGAAAUAUUUCUUCUCAGCAAGGUAAAGAGAGGACUUCAGUUCAGGCGUCGAAAACAUCAAGAGAUGCAUCACCAUCGGGCUCCACAGCAGUACCCACACCAAAGGCUAUGGAGAAGAGCACCAGACUAUCAGAAAAAGAACUCGCAGAAGCUGCAAGCAAAUGGGCAGCUGAGAGGUUAGAGAAGGCCAAUGAAAACAAUUUAUCUGAAAGAACAGAAUAUGAGGCUGGUUCUUCAGCUCCAUUAUAUGUCGAACAAACAGAGGAAACAGAAACAAAUGUAACUGACAAUACAGAAUUAUACGAGGAUAACCAGCUUCUUUGCCGCUCAAAAGCAAUUGCAACUAAAACCAAGGAGAUAGAACAGGUAUACAGACAAGACUGUGAAACCUUUGGCAUGGUGGUGAAGAUGCUGAUCGAUAAAGAUCCGUCAUUAGAGAAGUCCAUUCAGUUUGCUCUGAGGCAGAAUUUGCACGAAAUAGGUGAGCGAUGCAUUGAAGAACUCAAACAUUUCAUUGCUCAGUAUGAUGCUGCCAACCAAGAUAUAUCAGAAUCCUUCAAAGAUAGCUCGUACUAAGACAAAAAUACAGUUUUAGAACUCUGCAUACAGUACGUGCACUGCAGUGCAUACAUCUGUUUCUUGUGGGGAAAGGGGAGUUUGUGUUGAAGAUUUGAACCCAAGGCCUGUGCUACUUCAUAGCUCAGAUGGCUGUAUCUUGUUCAUUGUGGUCUCCACAGUUGUAUUCUUUCUACCUGUACUUGUUGACAUAUAUUCCUUUGAAAAAGAUGUUUUUUUCUUCAGAAGUUCUGUAAAGUGACAAGCUACGCAAUUACCUGGCAAAACGCAUUCAGUCUGAUGUUUGUGCUCUUGUAUUUUGAUGUUUGUAAGCAUAGCCAGAAACGUUGUGUUUUUUAUUAAAACAAGAACAUUCUUCCUUCCUUAGCUUAUGCAGAAAUAUGUCCUAUGUUCAUAUACACUGUAGGCAAGAAGUAUUUGUAAAAUUGCUCACGACUAUGAUUUAAUUUAUUUAUUAUAGUUUAAUUUUGAAUUUCAGAUUGAUUCUGUAAAAUUACACCAGGGUUUAUGUCUAGUCUUUGUCAGAGGAACUCUGCCUACUUAAUGUUAGAAGAGCCUACUCUAUUUCUGUGAAUGCUUUUUAUGUCGGUUUUCCACACUGUAAGUCAUUACUAGUAAGCAGUAUUAUGUAGAAUUAAUUCCAAUUUUUGUUAACUGUUUGCAACUGUUUUCUUUUGUAAUGAUUUUUAUACAUACGUAUUUUUGAACAGAAUGAAACCACAGGCAGACACUGAGGAAAGGUCUCUGCUUUCACCCUUUCCCUUUCUUCUCCCUUAAACCUCACCAUUUUUUGUGCAUCAGUUUUAACAGUUAGGAAGCCUUGUAAAUCUUCAGAAAUCAAGAAGGCGUAGGAAUUUGGAGCGCCAAGAUGAGGUCUGGGCCAUCUCUCUAUUUAGUAACUCCAAAUUGCUUCAGAUCAGGUGUAAUGUGAAGUUAAACCCUAAGUAGGCCCCAAACGCGUUAUUUCAAAUCUAAAUGAUUCUGUAGUAGUGUAGUAUCUGGAGCCAUUCUUGACCUGAUAGAGACUGACUUAUAGCUGGGAAAAACCAGCUAUAAUGGUUUGAUGGAUGGUUUGAGUAGAGACAAGGGACUGCCAGUGCUGAGCCAUUGCAUUGCAGAGACGAAACGUAACUUAGGAACCGUUGGCAGGGGUAGGUAUCCUGACUAUUGGUAUGUGUGCAUAUAAGGUGAUACUGUUUUUCUUGAAUGUUUUAGGAAAAGGGAGAAUUUCAGUCAUAGUCAAGAAAAAGUGAAGUAAAGAUUGUUUUCUAUACGUGUAUUUAGAAACAUGAAAUCCAGUAAAAGGGCUAACAACUAAAGCUCACCGUUUCCCAUCCGCACAGAAUUAAAUGAAAAUGUCAAUGGAUUCAGCCCCUUAUUAAGUAGCUUCUCAGAUUUCUGCCAAAUGGUUUGCAGAAAAGUAAAUACAGUGGCAGCGAUUUUGCACAUACAAGGUACUCUACCACAGCAUCUUACACAGACAAACCUUGGUAUGGUGCAUUAAAUAUAUAUAUAAAUAUAUAAAUCCUGAGAUGCCUGAUCAGUUUUAAUGUCAGGGCUGCAAGGUUAGGGAAAAGCUCACUGAUCCUACUGGGGUGGGAGAUAGGAAAGAAAGGUGACCUGUGAUGGUACAGCAGCUAGACCUGACCCAGCCCUUUUUGCAACAGCCUGGCUUGUCCUGCAACCGCAGGCAACAUUUUCUGAGACAGAAACGUAGCAAACAGGGCUCACUAUGGACCAGAUAGUGUUCAGGUGGUAAAUCCAAGCUUCUGCUUUGGGUUAGAAACGCUGAAGAAGAAAACAGUGAAUUCAUGCUUAAUAUACUUUUUGUCCAUUGUUAUUGUACAUCGUGUUAGGAGUCUCUCUUGUUCUCACAGUGAAAUUUAAUCAGGCUUCUAAAAGUAUCUGAUUUUUCAAGAGCUUUUCUAUAGAGCUUACAACACUGUUGUGUUUUUGCAGUUAGCCAGUAGGUCAGCAACGUCUUCUAGGUUGUUAUUAGCUUUCUUUUUUUCUUUUUUUUAAUUGAUUUAUUUUUAUUGAUAACCUAAGGAGACACUUUUAUUUUUAUUUUUUAAUAAAUGCUGUUUUUAUGAAA